UCCUCAGCUCCUAUUCCACUCUCGCCUUUCGUCCCUUUCCCCCUCCAGCUGCUUCCGGCUUGCUGCCUGUCACUCUACUUUAAUUCAAUCCGGCGCUUUGCUUUUCUGCAGAGUCACUCACUGUAGCUUCAAGCUAGCCCUGAGACCCGCUUUGGUCCAUCUCAUUCUCUCAUCCUCUCAUCCUCUCAUCCUCUCAUCCUCGAGCGUGCCGGUCUCAGACACUUGCUCGGGAGUUUCCCCCUUCGUCACGACCUCUCUUACCAAACCAUGGUCGGCAUCUCCCGCAUCGUACCACUCGCCGAACUUGCUGAGCUUCACGGUGGCUGAGCCACCGACUAGUUAUUGACUUUGAAUCAAAUUGUUCCUUUCCUUUCUACUCACUCGAAAUUCCGACCACUACAAGGCGCUGAGUCGUCUAACACCUUCCCUUCGCCGUCCCUCCCACUACAACCGCCAGCAUGCCCUCCCCGUCGUCGCAAUCCCCCGAGGGCGGCGCUACCCAAGCCGCUGGUACAAGCAAGCCUCGAUCUUCACACAGAGCUGAGAGUUCCCAGAGAAAGUCAAUUCAGUUCAACGUUGGCGGCACGGAGCCGCUGCCGCAUCGUCGAUCCGUCAGCGCUGCAGGUCACCGACCGCGCCCGCAGCUCGACGUCACCUCCACAGAACGGGAAAUCAAGCCUUCGCCCAGUCGUGGGCCGUCCCCUCCACCGCCUCAGACCUACGAGCGAGGUGUGUCGUUUGACACCUUCGAUAACCCGGAUGCGGCCGACUUCUCCUUAACCCUCAACUACAAACACAAAGGCUAUCAGUCCACCCGUCGCAGUCGAACGUUCUUAUGCGGGACCGACCAGAACGAUUACUCCGACUUCGCGCUGGAAUGGCUCAUCGACGAGCUCGUCGACGACGGCGAUGAAAUCGUCUGCCUCCGUGCGGUCGAGAAGGACUCGAGCAUCGCCAGCGACGCCGCCGUGGAAGCGGGGAAAUACCGGAAGGAGGCGGAGAAGCUGUUUGAGCAGGUGAUCCAGAAGAACAGCCAGAACGAGAAGGCCAUCAGCCUGGUGCUGGAGCUGGCGGUGGGCAAGGUCCAGGAGAUCAUCCAACGCAUGAUCCGGAUCUACGAGCCGGCCGUGCUCAUCGUGGGCACCCGGGGUCGCAAUCUGGGGGGUGUGCAGGGGUUGCUGCCCGGCUCGGUCUCCAAGUACUGCCUGCAGCAGUCGCCGAUUCCCGUGAUCGUGGUCCGGCCGUCGACGAAGCGCGAGAAAAAGAAGAAGAAGCGCCUGGCCGACCCCACCCGCCGCGGGUACAACAACAUCCUGGAGAUGAGCGAGCGGCGCGGGAGCCAUAUCUUCGACCGCAGCACCAGUCGCGACAGCAGUGUGUCGAAGCUGCCCGACGAGGAGGCGGCGGUGGCGGCCGCGCUGGGGCUGCCUCAGUCGUACACGAACUCGCGCAGCUCGCUGUCGACCUCGGAGCGGAGCAGCGUCAGUCACGAUGAGUCGCUGUCGUUGAACGGGCUGGUGGAGGCUGCGACCCCGAGCCCUAGUUCGGGAAGUCUGGAGAACUCGGUGGACGGAAGUGGAUCGGACGACGAACCGACGGUGGUUCACGUGGAAGACGAGGCCGGCGGGACGCCUUCUCCGGCCCUCGAAUUGACCGAGUCUAGCGACAGCUCGGCGCCUGCUGAUACCAAGGAGGAUGAGGAGGAGGUUGACGAACCGGAGGUUGUCCCGGGCUUGCCUGACUUCAAUGUGGUUCCUCGGAUUGUUUAUGAGGAUCCGACCGGUUCGAAGCGCAGUUAGACAUGUGGUCAGCGUGACUGCACAAUGAUGACCGUGCAACCACCCGUCUUGAAUUUUCACUUCGACACCAACAUAUGUCUAUACGAAA